AUGCUCCGUGUCUUGGCGCCUCUGGUGCUCCUUCUGCUGUGGCUGAUGAGGAUCUGGGCCAGCCCCCAUUCCCUGAGGAUUGCUGCCAUCCUGGAUGACCCCAUGGAGUGCAGCAGAGGGGAGAGGCUCUCCAUCACCCUGGCCAAGAACCGCAUCAACCGCGCGCCCGAGCGGGCGGGCAAGGCCAGGGUGGAGGUGGACAUCUUUGAGCUGCUGAGGGACAGCGAGUACGAGACUGCAGAGACCAUGUGCCAGAUCCUCCCCAAAGGCGUGGUGGGAGUCCUGGGGCCUUCCUCCAGCCCAGCCUCCAGCUCCAUCAUCAGCAACAUCUGUGGGGAGAAAGAGGUUCCUCACUUCAAAGUGGCUCCAGAGGAGUUCCUGAAGCUGCAGCUCCAGAGGUUCACCACCCUCAACCUCCACCCCAGCAACACCGACAUCAGCGUGGCCGUGGCAGGAAUCCUGAACUUCUUUAACUGCACCACUGCCUGCCUCAUCUGUGCCAAAGCUGAAUGCCUUUUAAACCUGGAGAAGCUGCUGCGGCAGUUCCUCAUCUCCAAGGACACGCUGUCGGUGCGGAUGCUGGACGACAGCCGGGACCCCACCCCGCUCCUGAAGGAGAUCAGGGAUGACAAGACAGCCACCAUCAUCGUCCAUGCCAACGCCUCCAUGUCUCACACCAUCCUGCAGAAGGCAGCUGAACUGGGGAUGGCAUCUGCCUAUUACACCUAUAUCUUCACUAAUCUGGAGUUUUCCCUCCAGCGCCUGGACACCCUGCUGGACGACCGAGUCAACAUCCUGGGGUUCUCCAUUUUCAACCAGUCCCACGCCUUCUUCCAAGAGUUUGUCCAGAGCCUCAACCAGUCCUGGCAGGAGAAUUGUGACCACGCUCCUUUCACUGGGCCUGCACUGUCCUCGGCGCUGCUGUUUGACGCCGUGUACGCGGUGGUGACGGCGGUGCAGGAGCUGAACCGCAGCCAGGAGAUCGGCGUCAAGCCCCUGUCCUGUGGCUCAGCGCAGAUCUGGCAGCACGGCACCAGCCUCAUGAACUACCUGAGAAUGGUAGAAUUGGAAGGUCUCACCGGCCACAUCGAAUUCAACAGCAAAGGCCAACGCUCCAACUACGCCCUGAAAAUCCUGCAGCACACCCGGGGUGGAUUCCGGCAGAUUGGCCACUGGCACGUCUCUGAAGGGCUCAGCAUGGACAAGAGGAUCUUCUCCUCCAACAUUUCCGACAGCCUGUUCAACACCACCCUGAUUGUCACCACCAUCCUGGAAAACCCUUACUUAAUGCUGAAGUGGAACCACCAGGAGCUGGAAGGCAACGACCGCUACGAGGGUUUCUGCGUGGACAUGCUGAAGGAGCUGGCCGAGAUCCUGCGCUUCAACUACAAAAUCCACCUGGUGGGCGACGGCGUCUAUGGCGUCCCCGAGGCCAACGGCACCUGGACAGGGAUGGUUGGGGAGCUCAUAGCCAGGAAAGCCGACCUGGCCGUGGCGGGGCUGACGAUCACGGCGGAGCGGGAGAAGGUGAUCGAUUUCUCCAAGCCCUUCAUGACUCUGGGCAUCAGCAUUCUCUACAGGGUUCACAUGGGCCGCAGACCCGGCUAUUUCUCCUUCCUGGACCCUUUUUCUCCGGGCGUCUGGCUCUUCAUGCUGCUCGCCUACCUGGCUGUCAGCUGUGUCCUCUUCCUGGUGGCUCGGCUGACACCGUACGAGUGGUACAGCCCCCACCCCUGCUCCCAAGGUCGAUGCAACCUCCUGGUGAACCAGUACUCGCUGGGGAACUCUCUGUGGUUCCCCGUGGGGGGGUUCAUGCAGCAGGGCUCCACCAUCGCCCCCCAGGCUCUGUCCACGCGCUGCGUCAGCGGGGUCUGGUGGGCAUUCACCUUGAUCAUCAUCUCCUCCUACACGGCCAACCUGGCGGCGUUCCUGACCGUGCAGAGGAUGGACGUGCCCAUCGAGUCCGUGGAUGACCUCGCUGACCAGACCACCAUUGAGUAUGGCACCAUCCACGGCGGCUCCAGCAUGACCUUCUUCCAAAACUCCCGCUACCAGACGUACCAGCGGAUGUGGAAUUACAUGUACUCCAAGCAGCCCAGCGUCUUCGUGAAGAGCACGGAGGAAGGGAUCGCGCGCGUGCUGAACUCCAACUACGCCUUCCUGCUGGAGUCCACCAUGAACGAGUAUUAUCGGCAGCGCAAUUGCAACCUCACGCAGGUCGGGGGCCUUCUGGACACCAAGGGCUACGGGAUUGGCAUGCCCGUCGGCUCCGUGUUCCGCGAUGAGUUCGACCUGGCCAUCCUCCAGCUGCAGGAGAACAACCGCCUGGAGAUCCUGAAGCGCAAGUGGUGGGAAGGAGGGAAGUGCCCCAAAGAGGAGGACCACAGAGCCAAAGGCUUGGGGAUGGAGAACAUUGGUGGAAUCUUCGUGGUGCUCAUCUGCGGCUUAAUCGUAGCAAUUUUUAUGGCAAUGCUGGAAUUUUUGUGGAGCCUUCGACACUCUGAACAGUCGGAGGUGUCGGUGUGCCAAGAGAUGGUGACGGAGCUGCGCAACAUCAUCCUGUGCAAGGACAGUUUCCACCCCCGUCGGAGGCGAGGGGCGGUGGUUCGGACUCGCCCCGCGGCGCCCGAGGAGCGCCGAGCCCGCAGCACCACCACGCUCAGCAACGGCAAGCUGUGCAGCGGGGGCGAGCCAGACCCCCUGGCACAAAGACUGGCACAAGAGGCCGCCCUGGUGGCCCGGGGCUGCACCCACAUCCGCGUGUGCCCCGAGUGCCGCCGCUUCCAGGGGCUGCGGGCCCGGCCGGCCGCGGGGUCGCCGGCGCGCAGCGAGGAGAGCCUGGAGUGGGACAAGGCCACCAACAGCAGCGGGCCCGAGUAG